GGUCACCAAGCACUUUGCUGUGGCAUGCAAUCUGUAUGAGAGCCGUCAAUCCCCUUUGAGCCGCAAGGAGGUGCUCUACCUCGUCGACCAGUUUCGCAACGUGCUGCUGAAGGCAGUGGCCGAGGAGAAGAUCUGGCCAGAGUCCUGUGGUCAACAGAGGCUGCUGUGUAUCUUUGAGCUGGGUUUGCAGCUCUGCAGGACGCUCUGUAAGGCUGGCCACGCCACAGAAGCCAGCAAGAGUCUGCUCCACAUCCAGAGCCUGGUAAAGAGAGAUCCGUCCGGCAACUGUUCAGUGUGGUUCCUGGCUGCCCUUAACCUAUGCGUCGUGGCUGCUUCCCUGGCGCAAGUGAAGAGCGUCUCCCAGGCACCCAAAGCCACCCAGAAAAAUGGCAGCCUGAUUGCCAGCGCGGUGCAGGCGCUGGGUUCGCUGCCUGAGGGCGACUGCUGGGAGCACAAGGCAGUGAUCGACAGCUGCCAUUAUCUGAUCUCCGUGGUGGAUGAUUGCAAGGGCAACGAGUCCUGGCUCGGAAUUGAGGAGUUACUGGGCUUCUCGGCAUUCUUUGAGGCCUAUUUGCCAGUGCUCUGCAGACAAACCGACAAGCCGGAAACGACCUUGUCACAGCGGAGCUGGGGGCUGAAGCAGUUGUAUAGGAACCUUCAGAUCUACAUCAGCAAAGUCCACGACUUGUUGCUAGGCUCUCAGGGGACAGGGUGUCUUGGAGCAGAGCGGUUGCUCCCCUCAUGUAAACGUACGGUGGAGAAGAUGAAGGAUGUGGAGGGGCUGCUCUCUGCUGAGGGACAGAGCAAGUAUGUUGGAAUUGCAGCACUGUGCGACUACAACCUGGCUUAUGGAUUCUACAGCCACAAGCUCUACGCAGAGGCGGUCGAGAUUGCGUUAACAUUGUACCGACAGCUGCGGUCAGCCUGCUCCUCGGCACAGAAGAUCCUGCCCCAGGACAGGGUGCCGAUGUUCUUUAAGCUGUUUGUGGAGUGCUGCCGGAAGGCGGGGGACCUGGAGCGAGCAAUGGAGGCCGUCACCACGUGGCUGAUGCUGGAGGAUCAGCGGCCUGACCAGAUUGUGGAGCCCGUGGCCCUGUGGGUCAGUGUCAAAGUGGACGCUGUGAAGAGUGGCAAUGAGGGGCUGUACCUGAGGACCCUGAAGGAUGCUUUUGAGCCCUGGGACUUGGAGCCCGCCGUCCUGAUGAGCCUCUUGACGGAGGAGCUGAGGGUGUACAAGACCCUGCGGAUGGACACUGCACAGGAGAGGUUCAGUAUCUGUGACUUGAUGAAGAUCUCGGAGGACACCAAGGGGAUGGAGCACCAUCGGGCCGUGCAGCUGAUUGAGUUGGCUCAGGUCCUGUGUUACCGGGACUUUAAGCAGAACGCUACAUGCACGGCUCUGGAGUGUGUGGAGGAGGCGCUGAGUUUGCUGGAUUCGCUCCCGGACACCGAGGACACCCGAGACCAGGUGCAAGACGACAAGGCUCAUGCUCUGCUCUGGCUUUACAUCUGUGACCUGGAGGCCAAGAUUCAGAAGAACAUUGAAAGGGAAUGGCAAGUGAAGAAGAUGAUGUCCGAUGCACCUGCUCUGAGGGACACAGAGACCAAUGAUCUGAACUACGAGGACGAGAGGCAAGACGCCCUGUCUUCGAGCAACAGCAUCAACUUCAACCUGAAAGCUGAGUCCGCGCAGUCCAAGCCUCUGGAUGAUGCCCUGUCCCUGUGGAAGAGCGUUCUCUCGCACACUCCCGUCCGGACUCUUCACAGCACCGAGCACACUGUCGGUGCACUUCACAUCAUGGCUGCUCUCUACAGGCUGAUGGACAAGCCCCUGCAGGCAAUCGAAAGCUACAUUCUGAUCCUGCGGGUGCUCUCCGUGGAGUCUGACUGGCUGGGUAUGAUGCACGUGCUGUGUCACCUUACCAAGGUGCUGCUGUUGCUGGGCUGUAUAUCCCAGGCCCGGUUGUUCCUGGAUAAAGCGGAUUCGUGCCUGAUAUCGGUGGACUCCAACAGAAGCGACUACUUGUUGCUGAGGAUGACCUGCCUGGCCCUGCGUAGCCAGCUCCUGUGUGCCACACAGCAGGUUCCCGAGGGUCUGGCUCUUCUGCUUGAGGUUCUGCAAUGCCCCUCACUCCAAAAAUCUUCCAAGGUCUGGUACCUGCUGAAAGCCAAUGUCCUGCAGCUUGUGGCCUCAUACAUGAGCCUACCUCGUGGCAUCCUGCCAGCCCAGCUCAGGCAGAAGCUAUACAGCCAUGGCUGGAGGUCCCCUGAGGCCGCGCUGACCAACAGUCACAAGCUGCUGUGUGGGGUGAUGGUGCUGCUGCACUCCGGGCUGCUGUCCUUCAGGAAGAGCGACACUGAACCGGCUGUGUUCGUGGAGAAAGGGGAGAGUUUGCUGCAGAAGUGGCUGGUGCUCGACGACCUGCAGACCUGCUCCAAGAGGCUGGUGCAGCUUCUGGGAAACAUGGGCAGCGUGCAGGAAGCCAAGAUGUUCUGCCUCGAGGGCCUCAAACUCUCCUCCAAACUGCACUGCGUCCGCAGGUGUGUGGACUUUCUAGUCAGCAAAGCCGAGCUGGAGUUGCAGAAGAGCGAGGCUGAGUCCUGUGACUUGGACCUGGAGCAGGCACUGUUCCUCCUGGAGUCCUGCAUCGAUUUCAGCUGCAGCGAUAAAGUGAAGAGCCGAGGAAAAAUCCAGCCAAAGAAACAGCGAGAAGCCAAGAGGGGCCGCAAGGUGUCCGAGGAGGGUGGGAAGGCGGAGGACCAGGACUUCCUGAGAGUCCAGCCGCUCUCGUACGUGAAGACGGUUAGUGGCUGCAGCCAGGCGGCCCUGACCGCCUCUCCCAUCCUCAAGUCCAAGCUGACACAGCAGCCUCCGUCCUUCAUGACCCACGGCCCGAGCUGCCCCUGCCUGCUCUGCUGUGACGUGAUGCUGUCGGCGGCCGGGGCCCGCUGGGUGUUGGUGUUCUGCGAGCUGGUGGCGGGCAGAGGAAGGAGCCGGGAGAGUCGGUGCCUCCUGGAGAAGCUGAGGGAGAGGUGCAAGCGCCAGAGGCUGCAGUUAUCACAGAGUGUCCAGCAUCUGAUAACGGAGUCCGACGUGGAAGCCAAGGUCCGUGACUCCAGCCCGGCCACAGUCGCUGUUCUGGAUGGACCGAUAGCCCGGGCCCACUUGCAGCUGUCCUCACUCAGCCUGGGAUCCCAUCUGCACGCUCACACCUGGAAAAUCCUGGAAGAAGGCUUGGAAUUCCUUACCCUCGAGCUUCCGGACACCUGGGACCUGGAGCCAGUGCGAGCCGGGCUGCUCUUGCACAAGGCGCUGUCGCUGGUCUACUCGCUCGCCUCAGAGCGCCAUUGCGAGUUGCCGGCGGUUUUCCAAGCCGCCUGGGUGCGGGGGCCGCGAGGUGGGGGCAACCGCAAGACCACCACUGGCUCCGUGCUGAGUAAAACCAGGGACAGGUUCCGGAGCGCAGGCCGGCCUCGGUUGGGGAGCGAGAGAAUAGUGACUAAAGCAACCGUUUCCAGUAAAGCGAAGGGACGGACCGGGAAAGCGAGCUCAGCCAAACAGAACGAGGUUGAUAAAGACGCAGUGUUGGAUCUAGACGAAGGGACGAACGCCAAGGCCAAAGCUUCGAUGAACUUCCCGUCCACGCCAGCCCCCGUUAAGGGUAAAUCCCACGCCCCCAGAGGCGCGGGAUUUGCACCCCAGAGGCGCAAGGUUUUGUUUGAGAUUUUUGAAGAUUGUUCCUCUUCCCCCGAGUGGAAGCCCAGCGUCCCUCCCGUCAACAAGGUGUUCGACGACAGUGACGUGGAGGAGCCGGCAGAGGAGCUGCCCAAGGCUGACGUGCUGGGCACCGAGGGCGGGGAAACGGGGAACCCUACCGGCAAGCGUCAGGGCCGCGGAGAGCGAGCCAGGCGUACAACCGCCAAACCUCGCCCCCUGCAGCAGCAGCAGCUCAGCCCCGUGCAGAAGAAGAGCAGCGACCGGGGGAAAGGGCAACGAGGGGCCAGGCGAGCAGUCACCGAGCCGGAGAAGCGAGAGAGAGGAGCAAGGAAGGCCCUCCAUCAGCCUGAAGGCCUCGAGCUCAGCAAGACAGCCCAACCUGGAGUUGACGUACCGAACGACGUCAGUGAGUGUGAGCAGCUGAGACAGGACUCUUCCUCCUCGAUGAACCCCGAGAGCCAGAUCCCCGCUUCUCACAGGAGAGCAGACGGCUGUGGCUUGAGCCUGCCCCAGAUCCAGGCCCCUGUGACCUCCACAGAUGUUGGUGACCUGGAUGCUGUGUACAGCUGUUUGAGCCAGGCGUGUGACUGCAUCAGCCACUGCCCGCCCAGCGCCCUGUACUCCACCAUCUGCCAGCUGAUGGCUCUGUGCCGGGGGCUACGGGACCCUUACACCACGGCCUAUCUGCUCAGCGAGUCCGUGGCAAUCACCGCCCGCCACCAAAUGAUCAGCAACAUCCACAACAAGCUUCAGAGAGGUAAGAAGGAGCGAGCGCUGGGCGUGGUGGAGCGCCUGCAGGGACUGAACCUACAUGAGAGCGGGGAGGAUGGUCUCGCUCGCUAUCUGGCCGAGCUGCACUCCCUGUUCCAGUUCAGCCCCGCGGAGCCGACACGCUGGCUGGAGGAGCAAGUCGCCAGCUUCAAGGAGCAACUGCAGAACAUUCCAGAAGGGGUGGGUGGGUGUGUGGACUGUGAGCAUCGGUUGACACGGCAAAACUCAACCACCUUCCUAAUAACAGCUGUGAAAAUCUUAGUUUUAAAGCCGGUGAAUCUCCAUGUAACAUGUUUGUGCCUUAACUGGCCACUAGUUACACGGCCGGCGUGUGAGGGUAGUUACGUGUGCCUGGCGUGUACACGGUGUGUGUGCUGUGCGUUGCAGGGCUCGCUGCUUAGAGAAUUCGACGCCAUCCUGAAGGACCAGAAAGAGGUCAGUGACCUGACGGAGCUGAAGGCCUGGUGGGAGGGACGGACAGAGCUGGACCGCAGGAUGAAGACCCUGGUGGAGCUGAUGGAGACAGACGGGCUGGGCUGCUGGAAGGGGCUUCUCCUCCCCUCGAGCAGGGACCCUGGCGUGGGGCUGGAGGCUGCCCAGCUGGGGACCCUCCUGGAAGAAUGUGGCUGCAGGAACGUGGAUGUGGAGCUGCUGAAG